UCUCGUCCAAUCACCCAGCUGCAUUCUUCUCCAGUCUCACCUCAUCAGAAAACGACCACUAAGCUUUGGUACUUCAAUCAUCUCUUCCAUGUCAUUGACUUUAUCCCAAACCACAUAGGAAAAACCAGCUUCUCUCAUGUCUAAGAAGUUGUUCUGAUCCACCUCUUAAACCAUUCAAGCUCCAAUUCCUUCCAAGAGCUAAUCCCCACAUAAAACAACGACGCACUUCAUCCAUAGAUGAAAAGUUUGAAUGAACUCUAAAGCCUGAGAUCAUGACCGGGAAUCACUCCAGGGGAUCUCCUUCCCCACCACGACGGACGUGCUGCUUCGGAUGUUCUAGUAAAAGGGAAUCAAACAUAAAGAGCAACAGCAGUGGAGUCCAAGGGUCAAGGCUGGAGCAGGGACGCUGGGGGAGCAGUGAAGAGAUCCUUACGGAUUUCAGUACUUUUUCCUUGAAAGAACAGCAGAGAAACUUGAAGAAGGCACUGAAGGAGGAGGAAAAGGCGAGCCGGGAGGCAGAGAAGGUGGUAGAGUGGGUGAAGCAGGCUUCAGCUAGAAUUGAUGUUUCCACAAUCGAUCAGUUGCUGAGUGGAGAUGAGAAGUCCAAGUGAUGGGCUUGCGUCCUGUGCUUUAAUUUUGGCAGUUUAACCUUAUAGAAAGGGGCUUUCUUGGAUUAGAAGUGCCAUUGGUAAGAUGGAUGUUAGAUUUGUUUGUCCAUGGUAUACAUAUUUUUUAUGAAUCAAACUUGCUUGCAUGAAUGUAUAUUAUACAAGAUGAUGCAUAAAUUGGAAUUCUCUGCUCUCUGCAGAAAAUAAAGAUAAAAAAGAUUGCACAUCGAA